UGAGGAGGCUGUCACUGUCCAUUAUUAGGACGGAGCCAACAAAAUUAAGUCUGCGGUGAGAAGAAUUUGAUGAUUUUGCUGUGGGUGGACAAGGCUCCACCUCUCGUUGGUUGUUUAUUUUGUGGAAUGGAUUAGAGGAGGCAAAGGAAAUAAUGGAUUAGAUGACGCAAAGGGGAGACAGAGAAUGGCAUCAAUUCUUAACACGGGCAUUACUCACAGGGGAAGCUGCAUUGAGAGGGGACAAUGGAAGGUAAGGAAUCCAUCGGGGAGGAAGAAGAAGAUGAUGAUGGUGAAAUGCAGUGGGGAGAUGGAGAUAGUGGGACAAUUGCAGCAGAGAUGGGCAGAGAUGGCGGAGGAGCAACGGUGGGUGGUGGCGGGGAGCUUGUGUGUGGGGUGGCUAUACGGGACUGCUCGACCCGGCGUGCUCAACGGAGCGGUGGAUGCUUACGUCUUCGCUCCCUUGCAAUUGCUCUUUGAUACUCUUUUACAGCGUCGCAAUUUGAAGAGGACGGAUUUCGCCCUCGGGGAGCGAUUGGGGGAAGGUUCCUUCGGAAUUGUGUUCGCAGGCGCCAUGCUCCCUUCCGAUGUCAAGGAUGACCAGCAGCUGGGCUCUCGCUCCAAGCGCAUUAACGAGUACCAGGGCUAUCAAAAUUUCAAUAAGGUCAUUUUGAAGAAGGUCAAAGUUGGCGUUGAAGGAGCUGAAGAAUGUGGAGACAUGGAGGAAUGGUUUAAUUAUAGGCUUUCCAGAGCAGCACCUGAUGUCUGUGCUAAAUUUCUUGGAAGUUUUACAUCUGAUGCAACUCGUGGGCAAUUUACACAAGGUGGCAAGUGGUUGGUGUGGACGUUUGAGGGGGACUCAACUCUGGCAGACUUUAUGAAAGAUCGUAACUUCCCUGUGAAUUUAGAGCAGAUCAUGUUCAGGCGAAGCUUGAAAGGCUUAGAUUCCCUUGGAAGAAAUUCUCUUAUCAUUAAACAAAUUAUGAGACAGAUCAUUACAUCAUUGAAGAAAAUUCAUGACACAGGCAUUGUACAUCGUGACAUCAAACCUGCCAACUUGGUUGUGACAAAGAAAGGGAAAGUGAAGCUGAUAGAUUUUGGUGCUGCGACCGAUCUCCGUGUUGGGAAGAACUAUGUACCUGAUCGUGGAAUGCUUGACCCUGAUUAUUGCCCCCCUGAGCUUUACGUUCUCCCAGAGGAGACCCCUAAGCCCCCUCCUGAACCCAUUGCUGCCAUUCUCUCACCAAUCUUAUGGCAGCUUAACAGUCCAGAUCUAUUUGACAUGUACUCUGCUGGAGUGAUAUUUCUGCAAAUGGCCUGUUCAAACCUGAGAACUCCAUCAGGCAUACGGAUGUUUAAAUCAGAAAUAAAAGAUGCCCAAUAUGACUUGAGAAAGUGGAGACAAAUCACUAGGUUAAGGCCUGAUCUGGCCAUACUUGACAGUGAUGGUGGUAAAGGUUGGGACUUAGCUACAAAGCUCAUUUCUGAGAGAGCCUUCUUGAGACGUGGUCGAUUAUCAGCAGCUGCAGCUCUCAGACAUCCUUAUUUUUUAUUAGCUGGGGAUCAGGCUGCAGCUAUGCUUUCCAAAUUUACUUUGCCCCAGUAGGAUGCCAGUCUUUUUUCUUCUAGUUAUUCUCCAAGAAGCUACCAAUUCCUAUCAUUGUAUAGAAACUCAGAUUCAAAUCCUAUGAGUUUCAGCUCAUUGAUUGUUUAUACACUAUUUGCACAGGACUACUCCAAAAUUAACCUUAAGUUGGUGCCUUCAACUUCAGUCCAUCUAUUCUUCUUGUAACAGCCUAUAUCAGUUACAAAUGUUUCAAAACGAUAAUGUUGGCCUAGAGUUCUCCCGAGCAUAAGAACUAGCAUAAAUCAAGUAUUGAAAGAAAAAAUAUCCAGAUUCUAUGCAUUCAACAAGAAAUAGCACCUUCCUUUAUGGGGUGGUGCAGGAAAGAAGAUGAAAUAUUUGCUGCAAUUUACAACAUCUUGUUCCAAGUGGCGGUUCUCAAUUAGAAGAUAAGUCCAAAAUGAAAGCAACAGCAUAUAUAAGGUACAAAGAUUGUACAAAAUGAUUAUCAAGUACAGCAACUAUUUUGGCGCAAAAAUUGGUACUUCACGGAAAUGUGAUUUUCUUCUCAAUGAAAAGACACGAGAAAACCUAAGCAUUACCAAAUGUUUACAAUUGAAUUACUUGAGCAUGUAUAAUUGGGUUUGCUUAAGCAUGUAUAUGCUAUUUUUUUUCA